AGUAUAGGAGGACCUAAAUUGCAAGCUCACUCACACACGCAAAUCUAUACUAUACCAAUGCAUGUUUAUUGAAUGUACGUAUAUACCUAUAUGAAUGCACGAAGAAUGAGGGACAGUGAAGAGUUAAGAAUCACCAGCCAAGCGAUACAAACAAUAUUGAGAGUCGUGUAAAUAAGUGAUAAAAUUUGAAUAAUAACAAUUUGUUCUACAAUCCAAAUAGUUGUGGAUCGGCAAAAAUAUUGAAACGCAAAAAGAAAUAGGAGAAAAAAAAGUGUCGAAACGGUGACGAAAAGAGAGCAACAACAAAUUCAAUAACAAACGCCGCGCAUAUAUAUAUAUACUAUAUAUAUAUGCUAUUUUAUAUCAUUUGCAAACAUGUAACCAGUUUUCUGUUUGUGUUUGUAUUUCAAUACGGUGUAGCGUUUAUUCGAUCCGAUCCAAUCCGAUUAUUUGCUGUAUGCGCUAAAAAGUCGCAGCAUAAAAGAAAAUAAAUAAAAAUAAUUCGAAAAUAAAAGUAAAUAUUAUACAGUUAGUUGUCGCAUCCAACGGCACAUCAAAUACGUAGUAAAAUGGUGAUCUCAAAGGUGGGGAAGCGCAAACGGAAUCCACCGCCGGUUAAAGAAACACGUCCUGUACAGGAACAGCCCAAAAGACCAAAAGUGCAGGCUCAACGUAAAUUUGCCCAAGUAUGCGGUGGAAGUGCAUCAUCAACGCUACCCUCUAGCUUGCUUGCAAGCCAAUCGACGACACAGAAUGGAAGUGUAAAAACAGAUGGAAUAAAUCAUGAUCCGCCACAAGAACUGCUACCGAACAGACGGCCAAAUACAGAGGACUUCCUAACAUUUCUUUGUUUUCGCGGAACAUCGGUUCUUCCAUCACAUUUAGAUUUUUUUAAUACAAAUAAAAAUUCGGAUCCGAGACAAGCGAAGCCGAAGACAGAAGCGAUGGCGCCUAGCUGUAGCUCAAAAGAAGUUAAGCAAGAGGAUAAGCGGUCUGAGAUCAAGAAUGAAAAGAGCGAUGUUGUAAAAGAUGCGAAAAAAGACGACGAUCCACCGAAAUUUAUUCCGUUUGCCGUACGGAAACGGGCUGAUACUGUUGCCGCUGGAUCGCGUAAACAAACCGUUCAAGCAUUGAAGAAAAAGUAUCAAGACCAACGAAUUGCUAAAAAUAAAGCACAAUGUAAAACAAGGUCGUCCACGGCAAAAGAAGCUGAAAUGAGUAAAAUGCAGAAAUCGAAACAAAAUGAAGUUGAUGUGACCCCAAACGAUAGCCCUGGAAAAGGCCGAAAUAAGAGAAAACUUCGCGGAAAUGUUGGAAAUAUUCAACCCGAAGAAGAACCGGUUAUAGUGAAAGCGCCGAAAACAGCCAGAGAUUCAAUUACGCGGCCACAAAAAACUCUCCCAGCUGACACGACUAAAGGACAAAAAGUAGGAACUCGUACGACAAAAUCAAUCGGGUCCAUUCCAGCUAAAAGCGAAGAGAAAGAAAAAGAAAAAGAUAAGGAGAAAGCGAAGGAGAAGGAGAAAGAAAAAGAAACAGAAGAGAGUACGAGAACAACGAGACAAAGGAGUUAUUCGUUGCCUAAGCCGGAAGUGAAACCACCUAAAACUCCGGAAAAAAGUGCAAAUCAAGCUGAGUCUGCAACUCCAAAAAGUGCAAAGAGCAAAAACGCCAAGAAAAAUGCCAAUGACACAGUUGAAGGAGAUUUUUCAUCCGACGACGAUUUGCCAUUGGUCGAGAAAAAGAAGGCUAAAGCGGCACGCCAAGAAAAGCCAAAACGGAAUUUAAAGCGAAUCUCCAAUCGUCAGAACCAGUCCAUUGAGUCGAAUGAACGGGAGAGAUCUGGUGACAGAAAGUCAGAUGUAAGCUCAUCAGAGCCGAAACGAAAAGUACUUGCCACAAAUAGAAAAUCGGCGCAGAACAAAAAUACUUCCAAUGCACAAAGCCACGCCAAGUCGACUGUUAGUGACAAAUCAGAAAAUGAAUCGCAGCAAGAGAGCAAAAAUGAUGCAAAAGUUGUGAGUCGAAAGCGCCGUAAUGAAUUUACCGAUCUUUCGCAAACCGAUCAAAGUGAGAAUGAAACGAAAACUGGCCGUCCGAUGCGUAAAACUAAGGAAGCAGCCGCUAUAUACAUGGAACUGAUAGGUCAAAAAUUAAAUUUGAGCGAUUUCGACGAUGAUUUGUCCGUUGAUAGUUUUCCAGAAUUGCCCAAUGUCAAGAAAACUGAACAAAUGGAGAACGAAUUGAAGGCAAACUUGGGGAAAGAGAAGCGUGAACUCACAUCAACACCCAAAAGAGGUCGACCGAAACGAGAAGAUGCGAGUUUAGUGCCCGAAGAAAAACCCGAAACAACUCAAAAAUCGAUUGAAAAUGGCCAUAAGGAGGAAAAAUCGAAGACAGGGGAAAAGAAGAAAUUAGAAAAAAGUUUCAGCGAUUCGGAUGAUGAGCCAUUGGCCAGUAAAUUAGAACGAAAAUCAAAAUCUCCCAAAAACCAAAGGAAGUCCAUUGCGAUUCCGGUGGGAAAAAUCGAUUUGAACCAAGAAAAUAGAACGGAGAAUAAGCAUGAAGCAUCAUUUAGAAGUGCUGACAAUUCAGGCGAAUGCAAACCUUUAGAAACGACAGCUAACAAUACAACUAUCGCUCUUAAUUCUACUAUGACAACACCAGCAAAACAUAAUACAUCAACAACCACUGAACCCACAACAAAAACGAAAAAUACUUCAUCACCACCAAAAAGCAUUGAUUUGAAUGAAACCGAGUUUAAAAUGCCGGCUGAAAGUGUGAAGCAACUUUUGAGCCCACCCAUAAAUGUGAGCCCGAUCAAAAUUCCAACCAUUCGGCCAAAAACAGCUGCCUUCAACAAGGACCUUCUGCUGGCUUCAUCGUCUGGAAAAAAUACAUCGCAAAGCAUAUCAUCCAUUUUAGCCGAUUUAAUGCCGAGCAAAGAGGAAUCGGGAAAAAUAUUUGGUAUCGCUAGUGUAACAUUAGCACAGAGCUCUGGUCCAAUUGACACCAAGUGCACACUCGGAAAAUGUGGUUCAAUACACAAGCCAUCACUGGGGCCAGGCGUUCCAACUGAGGCUUAUUUAGGUGACCAAAUGUCAAAUAAAGAUCGACGAAAAGCCAAGGUCAACAUGACUCAUGAGCAAAUUGAAAAAUGGUUGUCGGAAUGUUCAAUGACUGCCGAUCCAUUCGUUAAUGAUUCGCUCGACGACGAACUUGACUUGACAAGUUCGCCGAAACCAAUCAAUUAUUUAUCCACGCCAUCACCGUUGCAUACGCUACGCGAUGGCGACAAUUUCCGAGAUGAAAGUUCAUCUUCAACCAAAUUCAGAACUCAAACGCCCAAAGAGGGUAAAUUGACUCAAGUACAACAAACAACACCGGUGAAGGGCAAAAUAAACUUAUUUCCAAAAGGUGAAUGUACCAAAACUUCGACAGAAAAAGAAGAUAAGACUUUGGCAAAUCAAACCAAGCCGAUUGUUGCAAAAAAAGAAGCUCAGAUUGUUUUAGAAAAGGCAUCGGUUUCGAAAAAGCCGACUUCAACCAAUCAAAUCAAGAGCGCAGAUGCGGACGAAUCGAAGAAUGAAAGCAUCAAACCAAUUUCAGUGGUGAAAGUACAGUCAUCGCCAAAUAAACCAAAUGUGAGUGGUAUACCAAUAACGCCCGACAAGAAACCGAUUUACAAUCGAAGAACACCCGUUUAUAAUACCAAGAAAACGGAUCAAGGCACUGUGAAAAGUCCCCCAGUUGUGAACACAUUUGGUGCCUUCUCGCCCGAAAACGAAGCAAGUGUCUACUCUUUUGACAAAGAAGAAGAUAACAUGCCGGCAUCAAUUCCAUUUCGUAGACAUAGUAGAAGAGGUUCAACGCAUUCGAAAAAUAAUGAAAAUGAUACAACAAUCAAGACGACAAAUAUUGCACAGAUGGCUAAAUCAAAUCAACGGGAUCAACCGGCGAAGAAACAACAGAUAUUUUUAGCCUUAGGCCCUGAAGACGGUAAAACGUCUGCCCCAAUUCCAGUUCUAGCCAAGCCGAAUGCCAAAGACAAAGACAAAGACAAAGACAAAGACAAAGACAAAGACAAAGGAAUGAAAUCGCUGGUGAAUGAAAGUGAAUUAGGAAAAGCAAUUAUGGCAUCAGAUAAUGAUGGAAAGGAUUCUGAUUCGGAAGGGCACACAUUUUAUAUACCGCUACAAUGUAUGGCCAAUACCGGUAAUGCAUCCGAUCAGCUCAUUCAAGGAGUGGCUGUUAAGCUUGGUACUGAAGGACCAGAAGGGCCGAAUCAAAAGGUUAUUAUGCACGCCAAAUUAGUGACCAAAUCACAAAUGAGCGCAAACACAGCUCCAAUACCAGAAGGUAUGGGCAUGGCCAACAUACACGAAAUAGUUAAAAAUUUGAUAGCCAACAAAGAAGUGGUUGGUUCGAAAUCCGUUCCAAUCGGCACCAUUCAGCCACAGUCCAAGUGCAAUGACUCAACGAAACCAAGUACAUCGGUGUUACCAUCAGAGCCAGUAUUAUCUAACCAACCAACUACAUCGAACUUAACACGGCACAAUUCUAAUCAAUCAUUAUUCUCUCAAAAGACCAAAAGCACCAAACGCACUAAAAACGAGCAAACCAUUCAACCGAGUAACAACACUGCAUUUCCCCGAUACGAUGACCCGGCACAAAUGGUCGAGGCGCCCGUAUUUAAACCAACUGAAAGAGAAUUUCAAGAUCCAAUCGAAUUUAUAAAUCGUAUCACUCCAAUUGCCGCUCGUUUUGGUUUGUGUCGCAUUAUCCCACCGUCAACAUUCAAACCCGAAUGUAAAAUAAGCGAUGACAUGAGAUUCACGGCCUACAAUCAGUACGUGCAUAAAAUGUUGCAUCGAUGGGGGCCGAGUGUCAAAGAGUUCAGCGCAAUAAAAAAAUACUUGGCUACUCAAUGCAUAACGUUGAAUCAGCCACCAUUGAUUGGAGGCAUGGAAGUGGAUUUGCCACGAUUAUACCACACGGUUCAAGAGUUGGGCGGUCUCAGAGAAGUCAUUGAGAAGAAAAAGUGGGCGCGUGUGGCUGAAGAAAUGUGCAUACCCAAAUCAGCUCAAGAUCGUGUAACGAAACUCGAUGACAUAUAUUGCAAAUAUUUACUACCAUAUGAUACACUUUCACCCAGUGAACGGCAGAAAUUGUUUGAAAGUGUUGAGGCCGAUUGGGCAAAGAGCGAAGCGAAAGCUCGACGCAAUGCGGACCGAAGUGCACUGAGUGAAAGUAACUCAAACGAAAAUUCCGACGAAGAGCAAUCUGAUGAAGAUGAUGAUGAAUCGGGGGAUAGUGGUUCGAUGGAGUGUAUUGUUAAGGGGAAAAGCAUGGCCCUCAGUGCAUUUUUCCGUGUUGCAAGGAACACUAUGGCGCUUUGGUUCCGGAACACUGAACCAAUCACAAGUGAAGUCGAAGCGGAGUUUUGGCGACACGUUGCAGUUCGCGAUAGUCACGUAUGCGUUCACUCAGGCUCCAUUGAUUCAAGCGGAUGGGGAUAUGGUUUCCCUUCACCGGGCCCAAAGACUAAAAACUCUACGUGCAGCAAACAUCCAUGGAAUUUGAAAGUUCUCACAAACAAUCACAAUUCGAUUUUGAGAUCGAUUGGUCCAAUUACAGGAGUUACCGUGCCCACGCUGCAUGUUGGAAUGCUUUUCAGUGCUUGUUGCUGGUAUCGUGAUCCCCACGGUUUGCCUUGGAUCGAAUACUUGCAUACAGGUGGCAGUAAAAUUUGGUACAGUGUACCAAAUGAGCAAAGCACCAAUUUCCGUACAGCAUUUACAUCGCUUGUACCAACCCAUUGUCAGAAUAAAACGGUUUGGCUACCAUGCGACACAGCAAUGGUACCGCCACACAUGUUGACUGAUCGCGGGGUUUCACUGUGUCGAACCGAACAAGAACCAGGACAGUUUGUUGUAGUUUUCCCACGUGCCUACACCUCCAACAUAUGCACCGGCUACUCCAUUUCGGAGAGCGUCUACUUUGCCCCGAUGUCGUGGUUGGAAACAGCCAAAGAAGAUUUCAAGGAUAUUCACGAAAGUUGUGAACCAGCCAUGUUCUCUUUGGAACAGCUUCUCUUUUCUGUUGCAUCAGAUGUUCGAACCAAUGUUGAUAUAUUGGAAACUGUACUUCCAAUGCUAAAGGAGGUGUACGAUCGUGAGAUUAAAGAAAGAGCUGAAAUUCAGGCAUGCGGUGUUAAUCGUACGGAAAAAAUCGUGCUCAAACCAAAAAAGCCACAAACAGAAGAAAAUGAAUGUGAUAUCUGUCGUGCAAAUGUGUAUAUUUCAUGGAUUAAAUGCGAUGAUGACAGUAUUUACUGUUUACAGCAUGCCGUUAAAUAUUUGAAAAAUUGUCGAAUACAAGCUAAGCAGUGCAAGUUACUAUUUAUGUAUAGAAAAGAGGAAAUUGACGAAUUGAUUAGUAAAGUGAAUGAAAAGAUAACGCAACAGAAGAAAAAGAAUGAAAGCAAAAAAUGAAGCUUCAAUAUUGCAUACGCAUAGUACGGUAAUUUGUAAAGAAAAAUUCCCCACAAUUGUAUAUAUUAAAAUCUCGGGUGAGGAAAUUUAAAUGUGUCUUUUUUGCAAUUUUGUUUGUAAUCAUUUGGAUUUAAAUAUUUGAUGAGGCAACCAGUCGCGGUCAAGUAACCCGGAUGCACGACUAAAAAUGAAAAUAUUUUAAUUUAAAUGGAAAUCAGCUAGUUAACCUGUUACCAGAUGCACAUAAUUAUUAUUAUACAUGCAAAUUCAACGAAAUUUGUCUUUUAAAUAAUUACUCGCUUAGUUUGGUGAUCUCUUAAUAGAUCACAAGAAUAAAGUGAUUUUCUUUAGGUGACAUCAGUUCUUCUUGAAGACACAUCUCAUGAGAAACAAACUUCUCUAUCACUGAUUAAGUUGCCAUUCGAGUUAGACGAAGCCAUCUAAUUUUAUAUGUUUUUAUUUUAUUUACAAUGUAAAAGUCAGAAGCAAAACUUUGUAAAACAAUAAAUAUUGUACGUUUAAACGAAAAGGGCCUAUUUUUGAUGAAGGUAACAAUUUUGGUCAAUUGCCGAUUCACAUCCUGACUACCCGCAGCUAAUUUAAUAAAUUAAUGCGGAAAUUGGAUUUAAUUUCCACUUUGGUAAUAUUAGAUUAGGUUGUGCUUCCAUCAAUUAUUUGAAUUCAGAUCAUCAAACAUGUUAAUUUUAUUCUAAUAUACGAAAACAUAUGAAAUGAUGAUUUCGCCAGACACUUUCUGACUAAAAUAAACAAAUAUUCAUCACAUCAAUAA